AAAUCAAAAUCAAAAUUUUAUGACAAGUGUUAACUGAAUUGUAACGUGUUUAAAAAUUAUUUAUUCUCUAUCUGUAUCAUUUUCUUACAAUUUUAAUGGCUAAUUAAAGAGAAUAAAAAAUCCAGUGAAUGUUUAUACAUCGAAUGUACCAUGGGAACUUUCAGAAUAAACGCAUCUCUUCAGAACGCAGCUUAAUUUGGAUAAAUGGAUUAUAAAUAAUCAAUAGAAAUGACUGUACACAGUAGCCACUCAGUUUUACAGGAGGAAGAUGUCAAUGAAACCGCCAAGCAGGGUUCCGAGAACAUAUCAGAUGAAUGGGCUCCAUGGAACCUGGAGCUCUGCACAAAAAGUCCUAACGCGCCGCCUCCCGUUAAUGUCAAAACCACACCAGGACCCGCCUGGGAUAUAGGACAGGUACUAAAAGCAGCCCGCUUGCUUUGCAAGCCUCCAAUGAAUGUUGACUUCACAGAUGAGCAAGAAAUGCGCUGCGUGUAUUCUCUUAUCUAUGAUGUUUUUAGAUACAAGUCUAUUUUGGAUCAGGCGAUUGAAGAUAUCGAUUUCUUUGGAGACUAUCCGCAGUUUUGUGAACACCAGCACGUCACCUGGUUGUUUCUAAUGGAGUUGGCGCGGCGUAAGUGGCGCGCGCGGGGCCGCGACGACCUGGCGCGCACGACCGCACUCCUACGCGACGCCGGCGCCCCCUUUCAGGACAUCGAGCACGCCGUCUGGGACGAGAGGGUACAUUUCGCAGCCGCCAUCGCUAGAAUACGUAUCAAGAAUAAAGCAUACACACUGACAGACCUCCUGCCGCCGCAUCUGCGCGAGGAGUGCGUGUCGGCCUGCGUCAACAAGAACACCGUCACCGGAUGGGUCAACACGUUCAAAGCCAAGAAAGUUCCAUUGCUAGUGAAGCGACUCCACGAGCUGGGAUACUCGUACAGCAGCUCACGACAGCUCUGCGCCGGAGAAUACAGAUUCGAUCGAGUCUGUCCCAGGUUUAUUACACUACGACCACCAGACAACGUGAGCAUUGGUCAACUAGAUCUUGUUAAAAGCGGAAUCAUUGUACUUCAGGAGCGAGAGUUCUGCGAGGGUGCAUCGACGCUGUGCCGGGCGCUGCGUGCGAACGCUCUGCGCGGCGUGGUGGUGCAGACGCACGCCUGCUCGCCGCGCUGCUCCGCGUACCUAGCGGCACAACUACGCGAGUUAGCGGCGGCUUUGCAGGCCGGCACGCCGCCCGCGCCCGCCACGCCACAUCUAGGGAAACUUGUCGUCUUCGGCGCGGGGGACAAAGUGGGAAGCUACGUGAGUUCGCUGCGGGAGUUGGGCAUCGAAGCGUCGGAGGCGCCACAGUCAGGAGCCCCGGUGUACGUACUAAGCGAGCCGGUGCACGGCGAGUCUCCGGCGGUGGCCAGCGCGCUGGACGGCGCAGUCGCCGCGCUCGCCACGCCACCCAACUCCUACUCCGCCGUCACUGACCCCAUCGACUUGGUGUGCGGUCGCGGUGGAGACUUGGCCAUGCUCGAGAUCCUCACAGAAUCCCAAAUGGACGUAAAAGGCAAAGCUAGAGUACAAUCAAUCCUGGAAGAACAGAAGAAAACAUUAAAAACUCUUAUGUCAAAACCACAGAUCCAGCUGAUCCUGUACGAGACGCACUCUGCGCUGGAGGCGGAGAACCAGGCGCAGGUGACGCGCGCGGUCGCCGAGGCCAACCGGCUGGCGCGCGAGCGACACGCCCUACUCCGCAAGAAGCACAAGGAACACGUUGUAAAAAAGCCAAAGGAAGAAAUAGAAUUAUCAACAACAGAAUCUUCAGAAUCGAUAGAUCCGACGCAAUCGGAUUUCAAUAAAAAUGAUCAUGAGGAAGGUUAUUCGAGUGAUGAUUUAGAAAAAGAUCCAAAACAAACGGGUUCUGCAGGUCCACGAAAUGUCUUAACGAAACAAACAGAUAACUCGAAACCUAUGAGACCAGGAACAACUAAGGCCAGACCCAUACCGGAAGACGAUUCCUCUGACUAUAUCGUUCCGAGAGAUCCUGAUAAAGAUAGUCCUGACGUUUACGUACCAGAUUGUGACCUAUUUGAAAUUCAGACAUUACCAGGACUAGGGAACGGACUGGACAUCAAUUAUAUUCUAGAUAGAGAUGGCUGCUACCUAGGUCUCAUUCAAAGAAAGGAAAUAACCCGACUGGACGCUAAGUACAUGAUCCGCGUGGCGGAGGAUCGCGGUUUAUUCGGCGGAUCAUCGGAGAACACGCGGCGCAAGCGCGUAGAGACGCCCCGCAUCGCCGCCGCCGCCAUUUACACAGAGACUGCGUGCUCGUGCGAUGCCAGACAUAGGCCGAAGAGUCGUUUGCGUCGUGCGUCCGCCAAUCUGCCGCUGCUGCAGGCGGAGUCCCCCCCCUGCCGGCAGCCCUUCCCCCUCGCCGUGCACGACCUCCGCCUCAACACCAUCAAGAGGAAACUUGUCGCAUAAUAAUAUCGAAAUAUCUCAUAUUGCUGUCUUUAACGGAACGAAAGAGAUAGUCAUAUUUUGGUUGCACAAGUCACCAAAGCAUUGUAUUUAAACUAUACAAGACUGAACGAUUUACCGACAAGAUAGUACAAAAUACAUAUAUAAAAGGUUUCUUUUAUCUUAAAUUUGUAAUAUUACAUUUAGCAAGCAAAUGCAUUUCGAUAUAAGCAAACGUUAUUUUCAUAGGGAAAUUAGCACUGGAUUUUUCUAAUUUUUAGAUUUAUUUAUUUUAGAAUAAACUAUUUUUAUUA